GACGAGAAAGAUGAAGGCCUGUUCGCAAAAAUAGUCAUAGUCACAGAGCAGCCUGCCACAGGAUCCUAAAAGCCCUAAACCCCUGUUCAACCUCAGCUUCAGUCGCUAAUGGCGACUUCCCUUCUGAAAAUUCCCACCAACGUGCCUCACAAGCAACAGAACCACCUAUUUUUCUUCUCAAGAGGUGGUAGUAGCUGGAGCAGCAUUCCCAUUUCGCACAAGAGUUCACGUAUGCUACCGUUAAUGUCUAUAGCAGCUUCAUCUUCAGUUCAGAGCUUUCUUGAAAAGUCUGCGCCUUCGCCCCAGAACGUCGGCCUCCCGAUAUUGGUUAAUUCAUGUACCGGAAAGAUGGGAAAUGCUGUCAUUAAAGCAGCAGAAGCUGCUGGACUGUAUGUUGUUCCAUUGUCAUUUGGCCUUGAAGAGGAGUCUGGACGAACUGUUCAGAUCUGUGGAAAUGAGUUUCUUGUUCAUGGUCCUUCUGAGAGGGAAAACACUCUUGCUUCUGUCCUUGAUAAAUAUCCAAAUUUGAUUGUUGUGGAUUACACAGCGCCUCCUGCUGUCAAUGGUAAUGCAGAGUUGUACUGUAAGAUUGGUGUGCCCUUUGUGAUGGGAACCACUGGUGGAGAUAGGGACCUGUUGUAUAAGACUGUUGAAGACUCAAAUGUUUAUGCAGUGAUAUCCCCUCAAAUGGGAAAACAGGUUGUUGCCUUUCUAGCAGCUAUGGAAAUUAUGGCAGAGCAAUUUCCUGGAGCCUUCUCUGGUUAUUCCCUACAGGUAUUAGAGUCUCAUCAAGCAAGCAAAGUUGAUGCAUCUGGAACUGCCAAAGCCGUAAUUUCUUGCUUCAACAAAUUAGGGGUGCAUUUUGACAUGGAUCAGAUACAAUUGAUCAGGGAUCCCAAGCAGCAACUUGAAAUGGUGGGAGUCCCAGAGGAGCACUUAUCCGGUCAUGCAUUUCAUAUGUAUCAUUUGACUUCGCCAGACCAAACAGUUUCCUUUGAGUUUCAACAUAAUGUUUGUGGUAGAUCAAUAUAUGCAGAGGGCACUGUUGAUGCUGUCAUCUUCCUUGCCAAGAAGAUUGAAACAAGGGACAACAAAAAAAUAUACAAUAUGAUUGAUGUCCUGCGAGAAGGUAAUAUGCGAUGAAAUUUGCUUCAAGAUGCUGGAUAGUUUCUCUUGGAAUUUGCUUCAAUCGAAAUGCAAACUCUUGUCCCAUCGUCUGCUCAUUCUUAUUUCUUUUUCGUUGAGAGAAAGCUUAGUUAUCAUCAUGGGCUGCAUUGCCAUGGUCCGACCUAUAGAUUGUGCGUGUGUUUUUUUAAUUAGAAGCAGAAUCUGGCGUUAAUCACAA